UAUUGUAUUUUUUACAAAAUCAUUAGUUUAGAUAUAAAUUUUACAUAAAUUUAUAUUUUAUUUUCAGCUUUGAUAUAUCAUUAAGCAGCCAGGCAAUACUACAUUACUUUAUUCAUUAUCUAAUAUGGGUGAACAAACCUGGACCGUUGUGCAAUUCGAAGAAGAUUGUUCUGUGGAAGCAGUACCCUCAACAUGGAUACAGGGGCAUUUUUGCUAUUGGCCUACAUAUUCGAAGGACAAAUUGAUGGUUGCAAUUAGGAAGCAUGAAUAUUUAAAUACGUGCUGGCCUACCUAUAAAAUUAAAAGUUUUAGAAAUUCUACUUUUAAUGACUAUUCAAAAGCACGCUCAAAAGCAUGUAUUGCUGAAGUCACGAGUGACUUAAAUUCAGAAAUAGAAAAUAGUACUAAAAGAACAAGAAUUCGAAAAAUAUUAACUUCAUCUUCAUCAGAAGAGAACUUGCAAACUUCAAAAUUACCAUCACCACCAACUUUAAAGAAAAAAACUAAAAUACAUCACAAAAAUGUUGAAAAAAGUGUAAAAUCAGAUUAUAUUCCACUCAGUCAGUCUACAUUCUACGAUACAGAAAAUAAUACGACAUGUAAUUCAACUUGCAGUUGCUGCAAUAGUAGAUUUGAUGAGAAAACUCUGAAGAAUUUACAGACUCAGAAUUAUUUGAUACGAAGUAUAGUUAUUGAUGUGUUGUCUGAAGUAAAAGAAAUGAAAUUGCAACUGAAAAAUAACUAUCAACAAACAAAUACCCAAAAAAAGGAACAAACACAUUCAAUAUUUAACAAUAAAGAGCUAAAUUUUCCACUUCAGACAGAAGAAGAGCUUCAGACAUUGGAGCGUAUUCUGGAAAACGAAAAUGAAGUUGUUAAAGCGAUAAACGAAUUACAAGGAAUAGGAGGAAAUAACGGAUAUGAAUUUAUUAGAAGAGCUUUAUCCAUGAUUUUGACAAAUAGAAUUGCUGAAAAUUAUAGUUUCUUUGGAAGAAAGAAAAAAAAACCAUUUUCUGUUCUAAAUAUCUGUAAAGUUGUAAUAAAAGGAGAUUAUUGUUCAAGUACAAAGGAAGCUGAAACAUUUAUUUCUGGUUGGUUACGUAGAGCUCCGGAAAGAGGAAAGAAAAGUACAUAAAUAAUUUUGCUACAAUAUGAAGAAUAUUCAUCAGCGAAUCAUCGCUGACAAAAAUCGCUUCCCUGUUCCUUGGACGACAGAAUAAUCGUUUCAUUAUCGGUACACUUUCCCUCAGACAGCCUGCGUAAGCGAACCUCAAGUUCUUAUUACUUCAGGGACAGACCUUGUUCAGACAUAGUUUCGCUAAGUAUUAAAAAUAUAAGUUUAUAUUAUAUAGAUUGCGUCAAAAUGCGCAGACGAGCACGGAACUCUUUUUUUUCAUAUGCUGUCGAUGCGAAAUAGAAAUAGCAUUAGCUUCGAAUCAGCAUUGAAGUCUCACUCGUUGUAUGUGGUCUCGAAUCACAUUUAUGCUUUUAUCAUAUAUUUUUAUAAAGAUGUU